AUAAAAAAAAAAACCCAACACAAAUCUUAGCGGUUUUCUUCGACGUUUACUUCUCUUUUCCUUCGGUUUUUCUUGAUUCCAGGCAACACGAACGCGCAUUCUGAUUUUAAAACGUUUCGUCGAUGGAUUCACUACCAAUAUCUUUCACCAACAAGCACCUCAAAGAACAAUUCGUCAGCAAUUUGACGGGAUCGUCGAUGCUAGAAAUCUCCGCGCUGUUGACCACUGUCCCUAUUCUAGUACUUUUACGGCAGUCCAUCUGUUCUCAAGCCCUAACUGAUGGUGAUACCAAAGAGACCUCUUUAAAGAAAAAUGAUAGUGCAAUGGUUGCUUUUAAGAAUUUAAAGGCUUACCUAGCCACAUUAGUUAUGGAUUUUGUCUUCAUUGUUCUUCCCACACUUUUACUUUUCACUGUUCUAGCUGAGUGGAUCUAUGUAUGGAUGAUUUUGUUAUCGUUGUUACUGAUUUUCGUUAUUGCAGGCAAAAGAUCUCCUUUUUCGCCUUACUUGGAAGGACCUAAAUCUUUUAGGAUGAGCAUAUCAUCAUAUAGGGUUGCUAUGAUGUUUGUUACAUGCUUGUGUAUCUUGGCUGUUGACUUCAGAAUAUUUCCUAGAGAAUUUGCUAAGACUGAGACUUAUGGUACUAGCUUGAUGGACCUUGGAGUUGGCUCGUUUGUACUAGUGAAUUCAAUUGUUUCACGACAAGCACGAAAUGUCUCAUCGUCAAUGGAUUGGUGGAAGGCAGCCCUUAAAUCUACGAGUCCACUACUACUGCUAGGAUUUGCGAGACUUGUAUCUACAAUGAGUGUGGACUAUCAGGUACAUGUGGGGGAAUAUGGAGUACACUGGAAUUUCUUUUUCACACUUGCUGGUGUAUCUAUCCUUACAUCCACAGUUAAUGUUCCCUCAAAAUAUUCUGGAAUUCUUGGUUCAUUAAUUUUAGUUGGGUACCAAAGUUGGUUGAGUAAUGGGUUAAAUGUGUAUCUGCUUUCUAACAAAAGGGGAAUGGAUAUCAUAAGCAGAAACAAGGAGGGAAUUUUUAGCAUAUUUGGAUACUGGGGUAUGUAUCUUAUUGGUGUUCAGGUGGGCUACUACCUCUUCUUUGGAAAUCAUUCCUCUGUCAUGCUGAGAAGCAACAAUGGAACACGAAUUAGAGUCUGGCUUCUUUCUAUUUUGUUUUGGGUUCUAACUGUGCUUCUAGACAGGCAUGUUGAAAGAAUUUCACGUAGAAUGUGCAACCUGCCUUAUGUUACUUGGGUGCUGGCUCAAAAUCUGCAGCUUUUAGCAAUACUAAUGCUUUCUAAUUAUGUCCCUGGGAGCAAAAUUUCAGCUCUUGAAAAGGCAUUUGACCGGAAUUUAUUGGCUUCCUUUCUGCUGGCUAAUGUGCUCACAGGACUGGUAAACUUGUUUGUGGAUACGCUGUUUGCCUCCUCAGUAUCAGCUCUUCUAAUCCUGAUUUCCUAUGCUUUGACUUUGUCUGUUGUCAUUGGAAUAGUAGAUUUUUAUGGUGUUAGGUUAAAAUUUUGGUAGGGCGACCACCGUUGUAUCUGUUCAAAAUGUUUUAUGAAAGCUAUAAUGAAUUAAUUCGGUUUCGUUGUGCAUUUGAAACAAACCAAAAAUUCAUGGUUGAUAUGGUCUCCCUAUCCAAUGCUACUCUGUUGACUGAUUAUUGAUAUUAUGGUCCCUUUAAAGGCCAAGCAUGCCCAUGAUCAAACACAU